CGUAAAACACAGGAGCAAAAAAAACACGUGUAUACAUACGAAAUGCAUAUAUUCUGUACGAUAAUUUAAGUGUGUGGGUGUUCAACAGCUGCUGCCCCGUGCGUCGCAGGUUGCCACAAAAUGUUUACAUUUUGGUGCAGAGACUUCCAGCAACUUGAUAAUUUUAAAAACGUUUCUCCGAUAUUUUAAAAUACUCUAUCGAGCCAUGCUGGCUAAGAUAAUUAUACUUCCAUGACAUCAAAUAAUAAUCAACAUUUGGAAAUACUUUUUUUGAAUUAUUCAUCAUUUAUCACUUAUCAAGCUGAUAUUUAUCAGCAACUGCAUAAAUUUAUCAUAAAAAAAAACAUAUACAUAAAAUGGGUGGUUAUGUGAGUAAAAUAGCAUCUAUGUCAAACUCUGCUGUCAAUUCUGUUUAUCGUGGACGCAAAAGAAAAUGCAUCGAAGAAGAUGACUGUGACUCGGAUUCAGAUUUCAUUGACAAAACUCUUCAAACUCCUAAAAAAAGAAAGUUGCUAACAACUGCACAGUAUAUUUACAAGACGUUAUUUCAAGAAGAAAAAGGAAGUGAUAUAACUGUUUAUAUGCUAGGAAGACCAUGGCGAUUGCACAAAGUUUAUAUAAGCCAGAGCCCUUAUUUCGCAAGCAUGUUUUCUGGAUCAUGGAAAGAGACGAAUCAAAAAUUUGUACCGGUUGAAAUAACCGACUCCAACAUAACUCUUGACUCAUUGUCAAUAGUACUAGGAUCAUUUUACCAAGACGAAGUUAGUAUUGAACCUAAAAAUGUUAUUUCAAUACUAGCGACAUCGACACUCUUUCAAUUGCAAGGUCUCAUAGAUCAGUGCACUGAGAUAAUGAUAGAGACGACAAAUAUAAAGACAGUGGUGCCUUAUUACAAUGCAGCGGUGUCUUAUGGAGUGCCUACUGUUAAAACUGCAGCGAAGCGUUGGCUGGAAGUUAAUUUACUCGGUUACGGAUCGCGGUAUCCUGGAUUUUUGAAGGAAAUAACACCCGAGUUGAUGGUGGAACUGAUUAAGAGCCCGGAACUGGUCGCUAUACAGACGGAAUUUUGUAUAUAUAUGAUGUUGCGUGUAUGGUUGUUUAUUCACAUGCAGAAUAAAGAGGAAACUGAAGUGGACGAGUAUUUUAAAAAGCAUACGUGGACAAAGGCACUGUUUGAUACAGCAGAGGGUAAAGAAUACGCAGAGCCAUUCAAAGCUUUGCGUAUGAAAUAUCUGUUGUUGCAUGAUCAAGAUGUUAAAAUAUUGAACGGGGAUAAUCUGAUACCCGCUGAAUGGCUACAUGAUGCCUAUAAGGAGCAGUGGCUGCAUCUGCUGCGAAUUGACGCUGACAAAGACGCUGACUGUGGACCCAAGCAAAUGAACGAAGAAGAAUUUGCGGAAGAAUGUUUCAGGUGUGGGAGGUGUAUAGAGAAAGCUGGAGAACAUAUUUGGAGAUGGACGGCGUUUCAAUUUGGAUUGGAUCUGGUUGUUUAUCUUGACACCACAUCGCUCGGGAUCAGACGAAAUAAUCGUAUGGAUGCUAAUCAUAUUAGUGCUAAUCACAGUAAACGUAAUAUUAUUAUUAGGGUUUGUUUAUUUUCAUUAAAUGAACAGAGACAAAUAAAACAUAGUCAAAAUUCAGGGGUAUUAAGAUUAACUCUGCACAAAAAUGAAGAGAAACAAGUUAUGUCAUUAGAUAAACAAUUAACUUAUCCACUUUAUAUAUCAGUAAAUAUGCAAGUCGUGACGCCUUUUUCAAAAUCCGAUGAAGAAAAACCGAGUGGUAUUGCCUCGCUGUCCGCUACGUAGUUUGAAUUUGAAAAAAAUAACAACAGCGAUGAUUAAUUAAUCAAAAUAUAUAUAUAAAUACAUAUAUAUUUAUAUAAAUCAAGAAUGUGAGUACUAAAGUGCUGGGAACAUGUAUUCACGAUUUCCUUAUUAAUCUAGUCUUGAAAGUCUCAAAACGGACAGCUAAUUAAAUUUAAAUUUAUGAAUAAAAAUAAAUCACGAGGGCGUAAGACAUGAAGAUUUAAAUUUAAAUUAAUUAUUAUAUAAAUAAUAGCGAUUUAAAAUUAAUUACUAAAUUUAUUUAUUUAUAAUAUAUAUUAUAAAUCACUAAGUUUAAUUUUUUCUCUACUAAUCUAUUAGUUCUCUAUUUAUAAAAAUCUUUCGACUAUUUUUAGUAGAUUUCUAGUCUCAUUAAUUAAAUCGUUAGUUUAACCUUCAAUUAAUUAUAGAUUAAGGCCAUUCUCAGAGUGCCUCCUCUUUUUGAAAAUCUUCAAUGACUAGACUCAUAAGAGUACUACAAUUUUAUCAAUUAAUUAAUUAAAAAAAAAAAAAAAAUUGAAGUCUUAAUUAAAAAACAAAAUUUCGCCGGGUGUAGAAUUUAAAAAAAAUUACUUACAGUUGACAUCAAUUAGGAGUCAAACAAAAUUUGUUGGGUAAAUUUUAGGGCCAGAUUUUCCAACCAGGUUUGUUUUUAUCCAGUCUUUAUAUAUUAAUAAUAUAUAAAUAUACCGGCGAUAAUAAAUAAAACUUGAAUUGAAAAUAAAUCCGGUAAAAAAACUGGCCCUUGGUCGACAAAAUUUGAAGAUUUGAAUUAUAAAAUUGUUGAGAAUUUUACUGAAAUUUAUUUUUCAAAUUUCGUUUACCUCCCGAUUGAUGUCAACUGUAACCAAUUUUUUAAAAUUCAAGUUCGCGGCAAAAUUGUCCUCUUUUCAAUUACUUGAUAAAAUUUUGAUGCGUUUCUGACAGUUGUCAUUAAAAAUUUUUAAAAGCUGGGGCACUGUCUGAAAUUGUCUUCAAUAAGCGAUGCAAUUUGUAAGGAUUAAUAUUUUCAAAUAUCAAAUGAUUAAAUCAUGGCCAAUAUUCAAAAAAUUUCUCCAUUUCACGAUUAAUUAUUAAAUUACUCGUAGCAAAAUAAUAAAAUAAAAUUAAUGACUGCAACUCUAAAAAAAUACUUUGGCAAAAUUUUUUCGAAAAAAUCUUUAUUACUUCAAUAAACGAGUCUUCCUUUCGGAAUAUUUUUAAAAGUUUUCAGUAGUAAAUUUUAGUAAGUCGUUAUUUAAAUUAGUGCCAUAAAAUAUGAAUAAUUGAAAUUUAAUUUAUUCAAAAUAUUACGACUUAUUUAUAGAAAUUGAUAAUUAUUUACAUUGAAGUAAAUUACUUUAUAGUGAUUUGAGAAUUUAAUUAAGAUGAAAAAUGAAACAUUCCAGUAAAAUUGAUAACUACUUUGAUUAAUUAUCUCGGAAAAAUAAUUAUAUCAAUCAUUAAAAAGGUGCCUUUGUAGAUGAUAGCAAAUAAAUAUUUACUGUUUGUAAGUCAUAUUAAAUAUUUGUCAUUACACAUAAACUAUUAACGGCUUUUUUUAUGGAUUUUGAUAUGUCCUUUACUUAUAUUUUUUUAUAUUACGUAUAUUAUGAGGGUGCGUAGACGUUUGAGAGGAUUAUUGGCAAUGACAAUUGGUAAUAGAUAUAAUAUAUAUAUAUGUAAUAAUAUAAAUUGUUAAAAUGUAUUACCGUUGGAAUUUAUAGACAGCUAUUUUAUUUACUUGAAAUUGUAACAACUGCAUUUUACAGUACUUUUGAUUUUCAACAUCCCGAGGCUGUGACUUUGUAUUUUGUACCUGUAAUAUUUAUGUAUACAAAGUUAUACAGUAAUAAAAUAGUCGUACGGUCUGGAGAAAUUUGAAGAACCAACGAAUGCAUGUAAAAAGUUUACUGAGAUGUAUAUUUUUAUUUCAUAAAAUAAAAUUUAAUAUUAA